UGUCACAGGAAAUAGUAAGUUGCUUGCCUAUGUGUGGCCACCCGCAAAGUGACACUGACAGUCCUGUAAGUCCCAGUGUAACCUAACGCUACAGGAGGGGUGUCUGUAUCAUGUGAUCAGCACGUACACUAAGGGCAGCGUGCGCCAUCGGUACCACAAGUUACAGCCGCAAAGUGAUGUACUUGGACUGUUGAAGGCAAACCGGAAGUAAGUAACGUCUGCAGAGAUGGAGAACAGCGGACGUCCAUCGGUUGGGCAAGUUAUCCUGCUGACUGGCAGCUCUGCCUUGACAGCUUUAUUUUACUACAUUUAUCAUCACAAAUCAUCUGCGGUUCAGACACUAAAGGGAGCCAAAAAAGUGUCCCUGGAAGAUGAUUUGCAGAAUAUUCUGAUGAAUCUGCCUGGAAAAUGUGUUCCUUAUGCAGUUAUUGAAGGCGUUGUCAGAUCAGUGAAGGAUACUCUUAAUAGCCAGUUCGUGGAAAACUGCAAAGGCGUUAUCCAGAGACUCUCCUUAAAAGAGCACAAGAUGGUGUGGAACAGAACUACCCAUCUAUGGAAUGACCAUGAGAAAACGAUCCAUCAAAGAACUAACACGGUUCUGUUUGACUUGGUACCAGAUGGAGAACCUGUUGUAUCGGUUAGAGUGAUCAAACCUCUUGAUGCUGUGCAUCUGGGUCUAGAGACAGUGUAUGAGAAGUUCCACCCUGCUGUGCAAUCCUUCACUGAUGUUCUUGGCCAUUACAUUACCGGCGAGCGUCCCAAAGGUGUUCAGGAAACCGAAGAGAUGUUGAAAAUUGGAGCCACAAUAACUGGCAUUGGGGAACUUGUGCUUGAUAACAAGACUAUUAAGUUGCAACCCCCAAAGCCAGGAAUGCAAUAUUAUCUCAGCAACCUUGAUUUUGAGACCUUGGUGCAGAAGCAGGAGUCCCAGGUCCGUCUAUGGAAGAUUGUGACCCUGCUGUGUGGUGCGGCCACAUGUGUUACACUCUUCUUUGUUCUGAGGCGCCAAUACCGUCAUCACAAGGAGAAGGAGCGACUAAAGAGACUGCAGAGAGAAUUUCAGCAAGCAAAAGCCAGGUUAGAAGAGGACGGUGCUGAGAACUUGCAGAACACCUGCGUCAUCUGUCUAAACAGUGAAAAAGCCUGCAUAUUUUUGGAGUGUGGACAUGCAUGUUCCUGCUACGAGUGCUACCAGGCUCUUCCUGAACCCAAAAAAUGCCCAAUUUGUAGAAAUAAUAUCUCUCGAAUGGUUCCAUUGUACAACAGCUAGGGAUGCAGUCAUGAGAACAGAUUCAUUAUAAUAAAUGAUACUGAAUGAAGUGAUAAAACUUGACAUUGAAUGAAAUAUAACAUCUACAAGUAUCUGGAAAAUUUGAGUAAACGGAUUGGAUGAAAGGACCCUUAUUUGGUUAAGGGAUUUGAAACCAAAGAGAUUAAGUUUAUAAUGAUACAGAAAUAUUUAAUAUGGCAGCUGUUUGGCUUAGAGGUUUAAAGGGACAUGAAACCCAAACUGUUUCUUUCAUGAUUCAGAUAGAGAAUAAAAAUUUAAACAACUUUCCAAUUUACUUCUAUUAUCAAAUUUGCUUCAUUCUCUUGGUAUCCUUUGUUGAAGGAGCAGUAAUGCACUGCUCGGAACUAGCUGAAAGUCAAUGACAAAAGGCAUAUAAGUGUAGUCACCAAUAAGCAGCUUCUGAGUCUACCUAGGUAUAAUUUUCAACAAAGGAUAGAAAAAGAACAAAACAAAUUAGAUAAUAGAAAUAAAUUGUUGUUUAAAAUUGCUUGCUCAGUAUCAUGAAAGAAAAUAUAUAGGUUUCAUGCCUCUUUUAAACAUGUUUUAACUGUAUCUCUGCCAGAAACCUUUAACCAUUUUGAUUGGAACAGGAUCUUUCAAUAAAAAGCUGUAUUGUAAUUAUUCUUGAUCUUACCCAGAGCUGAAAGCAAACAUUUACUAUUUAUGAAUAAAAAAGAAUAUACAAUUAUUUUCCCACAAUGGCUUUGUUAGUAAGGUUGAAACAUCAUCUCUAUUUCCUUUCCAACUACACAUAUAUCGCAAGCAGAAUUCCCCAUCAAAAUGAUCUCCGUCUAUUCAAAUUGAGGGGAAGAAAACUAACCAAAUAUAAAAAACGUAUAUCAUUUGGAUUUGUCCAGGGCACUUGGCAAUCAGAUUUGUUUUAUCCAAAAUUGACUUAAAAACUAUCCAAAAUUAAUGUAAAAGGAGGAUGAUGCAGUUCCAUUGUGAAAAUCCAUUUUUAGGGGGAAAUUAUAUAUUUUGUGGUAAAAAAGGGGAGAACAACCUUUCACCUUUCUUUCUUUUUUUUUUUUUUUUAAAGAAUAAAAUUCAUCUUCAAAUAUAUAAUCUAUAGCAAUAUGAAUAAUUUGCCAAUUUACAUUUGUAUGGAUUUUUUUCACAUUGGUAUUAAGGGCAAACAGUUUAAUAUUCUUUUGAAUUUAUUUUCAGAUAAGCACUUAUGAAUUUAUAAAAAUUGGUGAUUAUUUUUCACAUGACCCUUGCUACUCUUGGGGUUACUUAUUAAAAAAAAAAAAAAUAGACACUCGUCAAAAAAAUAAAAGCUAAGAUAAAAUCUGUAAUUGCUAAUGCUGCUAGAGGAAAAGGUUUGACUUAGGACCUUAGGUUAUUUUCAAAAAUAUUAUAAUACAUGGAAUAAAAAAAAUAAAUAAAUAAUAAUAAUAUAUAUAUAAAUGUCUGCAACAGGCAAGGAAAAAGACACCCUAGACACAUUUUUGUAACUUUUUAUGAGCUAUUAAAAUAAGAGUCAAAAGUAUUUAUUUAAACUUAUCCUGUUGAAACCUUUCUUUCUUUGAAGAUUCUAAAAAUAUAAAUUUUAUGAUCAGUUUGAAAAGACAAAUUGAAAUAAAUAUAUUUUUCGAAAUCA